AUGCCCCCAACUUGUGGACAUUUCGAGAAUUGCGUGCUGGGCUGCCAUUACAGAGGAGAGGAUACCUUUGGAGUAUGGAGUUACUUCACUCAGGCAUUGUCAGGGGUGGCAGUCUGCAAAGAAUGCCAAAUGAAUGUAAGCAUGGGGUCAAAAUCUAAAAAAAACACCUCCAACCUGUGGACCCACCUAAGGAUGCAUCACCCAACUGUCGUUGAGGAGGCAAAGAAAAAAAGAGAUGCUGAAGAGGAAAAGACAUCAAGCCAUGUUCAAGCUUUUCUUCCUAUGAUGUUUGAAAAGCAGAUGAAGUGGAAGACAUCCGAUGCCCGAUCACAAAUACUGGACAUGAUGAUAACUGAAAUGAUUGCUACUGACAAUCAGCCUUUCAGCAUGGUUGAAAAUAAAGGCUUCCAGAGACUCAUAGCAACUGCAGAACCAAUAUACCUGUAUACGUUAAAGAGUGAGAAGUUUUACCGCACAGAGGUGUUCCCAAGUAUUUACAACAGGAUUGUUGAGAAAAUUAAAGCACUGCUAAAGCCUGAAGAAGCAGGUUAUUACUUGGCUUUUACCACAGAUUGCUGGUCUGGUACAACUGAAGCCCUAAUGAGUCUCACGUGCCAUUUCAUUGACAACAAAUGGAUUCGCAGAGAAGUCAUUCAAAACACAAAAGCAGUGACUGGAUCACACAGUGGGCAGUACAAAAGUGAGAUGUUCUUAGGCAUGUUAGAAGAAUGGGAAAUUGACAAAAACAGAGUGGUUCUUGUUCUCAGGGACAGUGGGGCUAACAUUGUUAUGGGAAUGAGAAUUGCAGAACUGCCUGACAUGAGCUGCAGUGCCCACAUGUUCCAGCUUGUUGUCAAUGAUGGCCUCAACUCACAAAGAGCUGUACAAAAUAUUCUGCUGUAAGGGUGGAUUCACUACAGUGGUUCAGUCUGUAGGAACGCCGAAAUGACUGAGAAAUGUUAACAGCAAGAUAUUAUAAAACUGUGUAUUUCUGGUCAAUUAUCACCCUUCUGCAACCUAUACCAACGACGGAAAUAAGUGCAGUUAUAAUAGCAAAAUAUGUGGGAGAGCAUUGCUAGAAUAUUAAUAUAUUGAAUUGCAAUAUGGAGCGUUUAAGUAUUAACAUUAAAUCAAAACUAAACAACAGAUUUGUAAAUGAAAAGGUUUAAUAACAGUACUGACUUAAAGUUACAAUUGAAAUGGUUACACUAUAAAUGCAUGAAAUGGUACUUAAUACAAACAAUUAACUGUUUCCAAUGUAUGUGUGAUAUUACCUGAUAAGAUAGAGAAAGAAAGAAAGUUUAGAAGAAAGAGAAUGACCAUUAAGAACUGGAAUCUAGGCCUAAAGGCCUAAACCCAAGAACUCAGGUAAAGAAGAAAAGCAGAGGGCAGAAAGCAAAUGGCAAAUGCCAAAAGGCAAAAGCCCAGAUCUCAUGAAAACCAAGACCUAUAUUCUCUUUCCCUUGACCAUGUGACUAAACCUAACAUCAUACAUUCAAACUGACCAAUCAGAAGACCACACCUUUAACCCCCACUGUAUUGAAUAAACAGCUGUGACAAUAGUCUGUUAUCACUAUCAGUAGGCACAGGAAUCCAGAUGGUACAGUAUGGAAAAGGGGGUUGUGACGAAGUAAUAAAUUCCU